CUGAGCCGGCCCCGCUGAGGAGGAGGAGCCGGACAGGGGCGGCCGCUCCCCUCCCCCGUCACGCCGGGCGGCUGCAGAGGAAGUUCCGCUCGCUGACGGACCGCGCGGCCGCGGCUCGGGCGCCGAGGCAUUCGGGACUUGUAGCCCCUCGAGCCCGCCGUCGGAGCUCCGCCCGGAGUCUGCGGGGCGGCAUCGGCCCGGCGUGUUCGCCCGGCCGCUGCUUGUACGGCUGCGGCGAGGAGACCGCAGAGGGCAGCUUCUGUCGGUCCGGGUGUCGACGGGCGCCCAUUGGGGCGGGACACCGCAUCGGAGCAUCGCACUGGGGGCAGGCAUGGCAGAACCCACCUCGCCGCUGCUCUGCAGCGUGGCUCGCCCGACCUCCUCCCGGGAAUGAAGAGGAGACUCGCGCUCACCCGGUGAGGUCCAGAGAGCCAGAUGGCCAGAGGGUGUCACUGGACAUAAACCAGCGAUCGCCGGGGAGGUCACCCGGGUGUCUGGAUGCCACCGGAGAGCGUGGGAGAGGUGGCCUUGUCCAGAAGCACAGCAGUCCCGAGACGGGAGAACAGUUGGGUUUCUCCAUUUUUGCCAAGGUUUUGCGAACGGUUCGAUGUCUUGUACGUUUGAUAUAAGAUGAGAACUUUCUAAAGUAUUCCGCCCAAGAGCCUAAGAUGACUACCCCCGCGCUGCUGCCCCUGUCUGGACGUCGGAUCCCGCCUCUGAACCUGGGGCCGCCCUCCUUCCCGCACCACAGGGCUACCUUGAGACUUUCCGAGAAGUUCAUCCUUCUCCUGAUUCUCAGUGCCUUCAUCACCCUGUGUUUUGGGGCAUUCUUUUUCCUUCCAGACUCUUCCAAACACAAACGCUUUGAUCUGGGUUUGGAAGAUGUGUUAAUUCCUCACGUCGAUGCGGGCAAAGGGGCUAAAAACCCCGGAGUCUUCCUGAUCCAUGGACCCGAUGAGCACAGACACAGGGAAGAAGAAGAACGUCUGAGAAAUAAAAUUCGAGCUGAUCAUGAGAAGGCCCUGGAAGAAGCAAAAGAAAAAUUAAGAAAGUCAAGAGAAGAAAUCCGUGCAGAAAUUCAGACAGAGAAAAAUAAAGUAGUCCAAGAAAUGAAGCCCAAAGAGAGCAAGCCACUGCCACCAGUUCCUAUCCCAAAGCUCGUAGGCAUCAGUGGUGGAGACCCAGAAGAUGCAGAGAUAAGAAAGAAAAGGGAAAAAAUUAAAGAGAUGAUGAAACAUGCCUGGGAUAAUUACAGGACCUAUGGGUGGGGACACAACGAACUCAGACCUAUCGCAAGGAAAGGACACUCCACUAACAUAUUUGGAAGUUCACAGAUGGGUGCCACCAUAGUGGAUGCUUUGGAUACCCUUUAUAUCAUGGGACUUCAUGAUGAAUUCAUAGAUGGGCAAAGAUGGAUUGAAAACAACCUUGAUUUCAGUGUGAAUUCGGAAGUAUCUGUGUUUGAAGUGAACAUUCGAUUUAUUGGAGGCCUACUUGCGGCGUAUUACCUUUCAGGAGAAGAUAUAUUCAAGACUAAAGCAGUACAAUUGGCUGAGAAACUCCUUCCUGCCUUUAACACACCUACUGGGAUUCCUUGGGCAAUGGUAAAUCUGAAAAGUGGAGUGGGACGUAACUGGGGCUGGGCAUCAGCAGGGAGCAGCAUUCUGGCUGAAUUUGGCACACUACAUAUGGAGUUUGUCCACCUCAGCUAUUUGACAGGGAACCCGGUUUACUACGGAAAGGUCAUGCAUAUUCGGAAACUCCUUCAGAAAAUGGAACGUCCAAAUGGUCUUUAUCCAAAUUAUUUAAAUCCAAGAACAGGGCGCUGGGGUCAGUAUCAUACAUCAGUUGGUGGUUUGGGAGAUAGCUUUUAUGAGUACUUACUGAAAGCGUGGCUGAUGUCAGACAAAACAGACCAUGAGGCAAGAAGGAUGUAUGAUGAUGCUGUGGAGGCUAUAGAAAAACAUCUUAUUAAGAAGUCCCGAGGAGGUCUUGUCUUUAUUGGCGAAUGGAAGAAUGGACACUUGGAAAGGAAGAUGGGGCACUUGGCCUGCUUUGCUGGGGGAAUGUUUGCUCUAGGAGCAGAUGGCUCAAGAAAGGAUAAAGCUGGUCAUUAUUUAGAGCUAGGGGCAGAAAUUGCACGAACGUGUCAUGAGUCAUAUGACAGAACUGCAUUAAAACUAGGUCCUGAAUCAUUCAAGUUCGAUGGUGCAGUGGAGGCUGUGGCUGUCCGGCAGGCUGAAAAAUAUUACAUCCUCCGCCCAGAAGUGAUUGAAACCUAUUGGUACCUUUGGAGAUUCACUCACGACCCAAGAUACAGACAGUGGGGCUGGGAAGCAGCAUUGGCUAUUGAGAAGUAUUGCCGUGUCAGUGGUGGAUUUUCCGGGGUCAAGGAUGUGUACUCCGCCACACCCACACAUGACGAUGUACAGCAGAGCUUCUUUCUUGCUGAAACACUGAAAUACUUGUACCUGCUGUUCUCUGGUGAUGACCUUUUACCAUUAGACCACUGGGUGUUUAACACAGAGGCUCACCCCCUGCCGGUGUUAAAUUUAGCCAACAUCACUCUUUCAGGUAACUCUGCAGUUCGAUGAACACAGCUCCAGAAGGACCAGUCUUACCUGAAUUUUGUUUACAUGGACCACUACAGAAAUUGUCUGGAGAGGUGACUUUUGAAAACCUGGACCUCUAAGUCAACAUGUCAGGGUAAAACUCUUCCCUGCAAGACUUUUCAACUUGUAGAUAUAUGAACUUUGAAAUUAUUCCAUUUUAUACCUGACCAAAACAUGUUCUGGUACGUAUAGGACAGAAACCUGAUGUGCUUUGAUUCUUAAUAAGAUGGCUGCAUAAGAAACCAUUUCUAUUCUGUACUGUUAGUGCAAGCCAAGAACAUAGAGCACCUUGAAGGGAGUUAGGAAUGGCUUUUGGAACCAAUUACAUAUUUGUUUCCUCCCACAGUGGGGCAGCUUUCAAAUCAGAUAUUAUACAUUGUUUAUCCCCCUUUUCUCCAUUUUACUAAUGGAGCAAACUAAGAUGAAGAACAACAAAAGAGCAGUGUAACUAUAUCCAUAGCAAAAAGCCUUGAAAUACCUGUCUCUGAAUUUUCAAACUCCCCAUUGGAUUCUUACCAGACUGACAACCAUUUCAAUCCCAACCCAGUUCAUUGAAAUUUCUUAUUUAAAUUCAGUUUUCUCUGGGGGCAUGAUCUCACGCUUGAAAUACCCUUCAAGUCUUUGUCCAUCUGGUAUCAAUGAAACUGGUAUUUAUCCUAACUGAUAACCGCUGCUUAUGAGCCUGAGUUUGGAACUGUGUGCAUGUAUUCACUCCAGUGUUGGUAGCAUGACAGAGAGUGGGGAAAGUGCCACUUUGUUGCCUUGAAACCUGUUCUUAGAGAAACCCCUGGUUCUGUUGGUAGAAAAUUUUUUCUUCUGAACCAGCGAAUCUACCAAGCAAAUUUUAUCCACUUUAGUCUCAUGAUACAGUUACUAGAUUCACUCACCUUACACCUCUAUGUGGCUUGGCAAAAUUCACUGUGCUACUCUGCAGCUCUGCAUUUGCUAUAACAAACUGAAUUACUUUUACAGCUUACUAAGGCAGAAGCACAGCACCAUGAAACGUCCUCAAGCAUUUGAUCUGAAAUGGGGUCAGGUUCCCUUAUUUAUUGUCUCAUGGGAGUGAGCCGUUCACAAAUAUGUCAUAUUGUUUUAGUUUCUCCAAGAAUAUUUAUAUAUAUCCAAAGAAUUAAUAGAAUAGCUUCAAAAUAAUUUCCAGUGGAAAAUGUGCAGUGUAAUUAAUCAUAUUCACUAAAAUUUGGAUAAAGCUAAGGGACUUGUAGAUUUUGCAUUGAUAUUUCUUAAGAAAAUUAUUAUUGCUCUAUAUUUUGGAAGAAUAAAACCUUAAAUUUUAUCAAGACUAUAAUGUAAGAUAAAUGCUAAUGCUUAUAAAUUUUCUGUCCCUUGAAUUUCCAUGAUAAUUCAAGACACUUGUCCUCUUUCAUUUAGUACAGACAUCAUCUAUUGACAUUAAUAAAACUUGAAAACAAUGUAGUCUAGUAUUUACUCUGAAUUUGAAUAUUUCAUGAAAAAGUUUGUACAUGAACUCCACUUUGGAAUUUUGAAAGCUUAUUUCCUUAGUUAGUAGCUUUUCUUUUUAACCCUCUUUUAGCAUAUAACAGAUUUAAAUUGUGAAAAAAAUAAUAGAAUUAAACAUUUUAUAAGGGUGAUCAUCUUACACCAUAAAUCAUCAAAUGAUCCUCACAGUUCACCCUCCUGAAAAUUGUUCAGUACCUAUAGAAGAUAGCAUGUAGAGAUGGAGUUAAACAGCCUUUAAGAGGGUUAAAUUCUAGCACAUAUUUUGAAAUUGUAAUACCUUUUUUUUUUUUCCGGAGCUGAGGACCGAACCCAAGGCCUCGUGCUUGCUAGGCAAGCACUCUACCACUGAGUUAAAUCCCCAACCCUGAAAUUGUAAUAUCUUUUACUACUUGAAAUUUUUUUAAAAAGCAAAUGAGAAAGGUAGGUAUUUUAGAAGAUAAAAAGGGUUUUGGUUCUCAGAUAAAAGUUAGCCUUCUAAAAAUAGCACAAGCCCACUUAUAAGUCAUAAGAUUAAGUGAAAAUCUUAAGUUGGCAAAGACCCAGAGUAGUGAGCAGUAAACUGUCUGACUUUGUUCAUAAGAAGGUAGAGUGAAGGGGGCCACCUUGUUUCCCCAGGAGGAUGCUGGGAGCAGGGCCUGCUCUGCUCUAAAGCUUUGUAGGUCAUUUUCACCAUUCCCCACCUUUGUGGUAAGAACUGGGUCUUGGAGUAACUCUUUCACUUCUCUGAAUACCAAAGGUAUUGACUUGCCAGCAUCAUGUUUUAUUUUUGGUAUAGCUUUUUAAAUUUUUUUUUCCAGAAUCCUUGUCCAUGCUUUGUUUACUUUUCAAGAGUCUACCUUCUUCCUUUCUUCAUACCCUUUGUAUUUUGUAGGCCUCAGUACUUAGACUUGAUACUCACUGAAUCUAUAAAAUUCAGAAAGAACCCAGAAAUGCCCAGUACCUAGUGCCUCUUCAAAGAGCUGACACCUUACUUUCUGUGUUGGGCACGGUUAUGUGGAUAAAUAGUACAUAAAAGGGGACGAGAAAGGAAUGUUGACCACCCUCUAUCUUUCAUAUUUAUUACUCAUUUUAGAAUCAUGCCUUUUGGUUCAAAUCAGAUUUUUUAAAGAAAUUACUGAACCAAUUUGAAGUUAAAAAUAAGAGAAUGA